UCACGUGACCCGAAGUGUGACGUAGGAGGAAGGAGACGCCAUUAGAGGGGAGGCGGAGAGGGAGCGCUCUUCGUCUUUCCUCCCGUGCCUGACGUGGUGUCUCGGGCCCUUCAUUCUCGGACAUUCCCUCGGCCCUUCCAGGCCUCGCCCGGAGGAAGGAGUGGAGACGGCGCCCGGGUCGGCGCGGCCGGUGCCGGAGGGGGCUGAGCCCGUCGCGGCUGUGGGGAGCUUGGCGCGACUCUUGGGCGCGAGCGGCAGGGAAGCGACGGGAUGGCUGCGGCCGGCGGCGGCGGGGCGGCGGCGGCGGGCCGAGCCUACUCGUUCAAGGUGGUAUUGCUGGGGGAAGGCUGCGUGGGGAAGACGUCGCUGGUGCUGCGCUACUGCGAGAACAAGUUUAACGACAAGCACAUCACCACUCUGCAGGCAUCAUUCUUAACAAAGAAGUUAAAUAUUGGCGGGAAAAGAGUAAACCUUGCCAUAUGGGAUACAGCAGGUCAAGAGAGAUUCCAUGCGUUGGGCCCAAUUUACUACAGAGAUUCAAAUGGAGCUAUUUUAGUUUAUGACAUAACAGAUGAAGAUUCUUUUCAGAAGGUAAAAAACUGGGUCAAAGAAUUACGGAAAAUGUUGGGAAAUGAAAUCUGUUUAUGUAUAGUUGGUAAUAAAAUAGACUUGGAAAAGGAGAGACAUGUUUCCAUUCAAGAAGCAGAAUCGUAUGCAGAAUCUGUGGGAGCAAAACAUUAUCAUACUUCAGCCAAACAGAACAAAGGAAUUGAGGAACUCUUUCUUGACCUUUGUAAAAGGAUGAUAGAAACAGCACAAGUGGACGAGAGAGCAAAAGGCAAUGGCUCUAGUCAACCAGGAACUGCAAGACGAGGUGUACAAAUUAUCGAUGAUGAACCUCAGAUGCAGAGUGGAGGUGGAGGGUGCUGUUCUUCUGGAUAACUGUUCACACCUAAGAAAUUAAAACAAAACUGUGGAUCAUUGCCCUCAACAUGAAGACUGCCAUAUUCCAAGUCACAUUAUUUUACCAACGGAGUUAUAGAAUUAACAGUAUUUUAAAUUACGUUUAUAACACUGCAGAGACCUUAAGUGCUAAACUUAGUGGAGUUUGUGACCAGAGAAUUGGCAUUUUCUACAAAUGUUAACAAAGCAAUUACCAAUGGCCUUUUUACAUAUUUUUUUUCUUUAAUGAGGAAUAAUAUGCAUGUAGAAAAGACCUACUUAAAGGCUUCAUUUAUAUUCUUUUAAAUCAAAUCUUUAUUUAAUAACUUAUAUAUGUUGUGGGAAUGGUAUACAUUUUUGCAGCCCUUUGUAUUUUGUUUGAAUUGUAUCACUUCUAAACAGCAAACUGUUUUUGUUUUUGUUUUUAAUUAGCAGAUACCUGAAGUACUAUUUUUGCAGGGUUUGCACAGGCCCCUAACUGUCUACUACUUUGAUAUAAUCUGUAUACAUCUUGUAUGCUGAGCUGGUAAAAUAGAUUGUAAAUUACAUAUUAAAUAUUUUAUCUGCUUUUACAAGCGCAAAGUGCAAAAAUAUAUACAGUAGUUUCAUUGAUGACUGUAAGGUGAAUUAACAUUUGGUGAUAAUGCCUAAGCUUUUUGACUCUGAUAUAAAGAUCAUAGCUCCCCUUCACUUCUGUCUUAACUUGAAUGUGGCGUGUUUAAAUUUUCACACAUACUUUACUUGAAUUAUGCUGUUGUCACAUAUUUUGCCUCUGUAAGUCCUUCUAAUGAUUGAGCAGCAGCAUUUGCCUUUUGGUUUGGGUUUUUUUUUUUAAUGUAUUUGUUUUUAUAAAAGAGAUGACUUCUGUUGGUUUUCCUUUAAAAUGGUUACCUUAGAAGAAUUUGAGUGGAGCAUGCUGUGUUUCACUUCUGCAACAGCUUUAGUUUUCUCUUAGGCUUUAUAUGAGAUAGGUUCACUGGUGUGAGAAGAGAGAAAGAGAUCCCAGAUAAUAGCCACUCACCAAGACUCAUUCAUAUAGCAUCUUAGUGGUAGUUUAUGCUCCUGGGGCAGCACUUUCAGAUCCUUUGUGAGCAAGUUGUGUUUGUUCAUUGCUUGCCAGAGAUGAAUAUGGAAUGUUCUCUUUCAUUUAUAAGAACUAUCCUUCUGAGUUACUGUGGAGGGAAACAUUUAUGUAUAAUGCAGUUAUAGUGAACACUGGAAAGAUUUAUUAUAGAAUAAUAUUCUUGUAUACUUUAUUAAUUAGUCCCUCAUUAGAUUUUUCUUAAGCAUAGGACUGAGCUCCAGUUUUUUAAUUUUAAUAGAAUCAGGCUCUGCUCACAGAAGGAACACAGAUUGUGGACAUUAACUUAAAUUGUUCUUGUUCAAAUAUAUAUAUUUUUCCAUUUCUGUCAUGCUUGGAAAACUAGUAAAUGUUAUGUCUAAGAUUAAAAUGCAAUGGUCCCUGGAUUUACUUCUUAGAAGAAGCAGUAGAAUGCAAUAAAGCAAUUAAUAUGAGCAAUUAAGAAGAUAUGAAGAGGUUAUAGUUACUGAAGAAAUACUACCAUAUUUUUAAGUUAAUAGCUUAAACCUUCCCAAGUGGGUUAAAAGUUGAAUGAAUUGACAUAGAAUUUUAACUUAGUAUUAAGUGUUCUGUGACCCCUUGCUUGACCUUCUUUAAUUUCCGUCUUUGCCAAACUCACCACACUGACCUCUCUGUUAAUGUGUGUUUGAGGAGGAUGGGGUGGGAAGAGUCAGGGUGAUAAGCUAAAAUUGUUGUCUUUUAUGGGAUGAUUGUGCUCUGUGUACUCUCUUGAUUUCCUGUGAAGUUAGUAUUUUUGUGUGAGUAUGGGAGGAAGCAGGAAUCAUGAGUAUCCCAGGAAAAUUUGUUUAUACCCUCCUGGCUAUCUUUCAGAUGGAAUGAAGAAAGAUUUGCCAUUCCUGCUGUUAUAGAUGGAGGGGAAAUAAGCUCUUCUCAUUGAAGUGAAAUAAUGUUUUUUAAGCUAAUUAGAGAUGGAAUUGAGCUUUAUUCCAAAAAAUAAGUUAUAAAGCCUGAUAAUUAGAGAGCUUUUGACCCUAUCUUAAUGGUAUAUAAUUCAGAUAGGAACCUCUGCUCCAGAGUUGCCAGGUAAUUACUGGUCGAGUAUAACUAUUCUCCGUAAUUUUUUUUCUUUAUUCUCUUUUGGUUUAUGUGUAUCAUUCUUAACUGCAAGCAUUUCAUUCUCCGUUUUCUUUUUAAACUUGUUAUUCAGGCUACUUCAAUAGCAACAAUAGAUAAUAUGGUAUGCCUGUUGUUUUAAAGCCCAAAAGGUCUUUAGGUAGGAAGAGGGUGAAAGGGUAAUGAAAAAAGACCAAUCAACUGCAGUAUGUAUAGUAUGCAAAGGAAAGAUAAAGAGAUGAUAAACCAAGACUGAGGAAAUUUUUCUGAUACUUUUUUCAUCUCUCUAAUAUAUCUUUUAUGUUCCUGUUCUGAUAAUUGUGCUAGUAGGAGGAAGAUACAAGUUAUAGUGUUGUGUAUUAAAAGUAGUAGGUAGAUAGAUCCAAUAUUUUUUUCAACUAGUAAAAUAUUAACAUAUUAUAACUUAACAUAUAUAAUUAAAAAUUGGUUUAAGAUAGUCAUUUAAAAAUACCUGAAUAUUGUUAUGUUAAAAGUAUGCAAUCAUUGUUUCUGAUGAUGAUGGGUAUUCUGCUUCUUGUUUUGCUGUGUGAUUACAAGGGAAGAUUAUUGUUUUUUUUAAAUGUAUACUGCAAUGAUUUUGAGGUAAACGGUAAUCUGAAAAGAAAAAAGCAUCAUGCUAUUGUAUGAAAUAUGAGUAUUUGAAUUUGUUUUGUCCAGGGUAUCUCCUGAGACUACCCUAAAGCUAUGGCUGUUACAGCAUUGAAAUCUUUUUUUUUAAUAGUAGCCAUAUAUUACUAGUGGAAUACUUUUUUUUGGCAUUAACGUAAGGAAAAGAAUGAUACUUCAUUUUUAGAUUUUUAGUAAUAAAAGAUAAAAUUGGGGAAAUAGGGAAAGAUGAAUUAAAGAGUAGAAUGGAAGUCAAGUAGAUACAAAACUCUACAACCUGAUAAUUUUUUAAAUCACUUUGAAAAAUACAUUAAUCAAAGAGUUUCUAAAUAAGGCAAACGAUGCAUUGUGCCAAAUAUUUAGAACAUUUUUAAAAAGUGGAUUGUGAUACUAUUUAUUUCUUUUAAUACAUAGUUUGCAAUUUUCUAUAUUAUAAGUGCUACCAGGAAUCUAGAUCAUUGAUCUUAUAUCUUCCAGUAGUAUAGUUUGCUCAUUAUAGUUAUCACUGUAUUAUCUCCAAAAGUAGUUCGAUCUGUGCCUUUAACUUUUAGAAUUUAUCAUUUGACUUCUGUUUGCCAUGGUAGAGUUCACAGUUUUCUUUGUAGAUACAGUGUGACAAAGAGGGAAUAUGUAAUUUGUGACCAUUUAAGAUGUUGAGAUUUUCUAGAACAGGGUGUAUAGUAGUGACCAGCAGGAGCCUCAUGAUAAUGUCUAAUGAUAAAGAGACUGAAUAGAUCCUUAAGUACUCUUUUCUGAGUUACAAAGUGCAUCACCUAGAUUUUAAUAAUUAAAAACUGGGAUUCAUUGAAUUACAUUUACUUGAUUUAAUAAUAGGCAUUGAUUUUAGUAUGUUGCUGUUCUGUUAUUUGUAAUCAACUAUAACGGAGAAAUAUAUUUGGCAUUGUGGACCAAAAUUCAUGCUACACAUAUGUCUGACUUUGGCCUUUCCUUUUUCAAGAAAACAAUUACAAUGCUGAGCAAAAUCUUCCGAAUUGUAAGUACUUUAGUAGUCUCAUAUGUAUUGAAAAGAACCUAGAAAUACUCUUAUGAGUUUCCAAUUUCAAGCUGAAAUGCUUCUCUUCUAAAUAAAUACCACUUUAUUUGAUAAACCUUUAGCACUUUUUGUGCCAUCCAGGAUUUAUGUAUCAUCUCUUUUCUAAAAAACUAUUCUUUUGAGUGUUAACUUUUCUACUGCAACAUUUUCUCUUAAACAUGGCAAGUUAAUGUUAGCACACCCAGUAAGACUCUUAUUCUUAAAGUAUCUUGUCCUCUUUGGAAGUCUCCAUGUAUUUCCAAAUGUAUCAUAUUAAAGCCACAGUUAAGCAA